UGAGCGCAAAAUGUUACAUUCAUGUAGUUAAAUUAUAGAAACUGAAAAUUAUAAGAAAAUAUCAAGUUUUCUGUGAAUAGUAACUAAGAUAUAGCUAACUUAUAAAAUGGACACUGACCCCGGAAAAAAUUCAUCGCGUAAUGUAACAUACGAGCAAAGGAAAACCUUGAUCGAUUUUAUGGUUCAGCAUGUGGAUUUUGCGACCGGCAGCCUUCGGUCGCUUGAGGCUAGACAAACAUCUAAAAUGCUAUGGACUGAACUUACUAAUUUGUUAAACAAUGUACAAUUUGGUUCGAAAAAAUCCAGUUAUGGUUGGAGUAAGUAUUGGAGUGAUUACAAAAACAAGUUAAAAACGAAAAUUAUUAUGAUGAGGAGUAGUAAAAGAGGUGGCAGUGUGGACAAGAGAAUGAAACCAUUCACCAGACUUGAGAAAAGAGCUGUGGUCAUCUUAGGGCCUCACUUUGCAAAGAAGACUCGGCAAAGAGCAAUUACUGACCCAUUUAAAAUUGUUGAAACAGCUAGUCUUCCUAAGAUAAAACAAGAAUCAUUCCUUGAUGAACUGAAUGGGUUUCCUCAAGGUGAAAACCAGCAAUCAGAAGCUGACAAGGAUAGUAAUAUGAGUGAUGAUUCUGAUGAGGAGAUAGCAGCUUCUGAUGAUCAAGCUAUAAACAUUUCAGGUCUCUACCCCAAGUGGUUGAUAAAUGUUGAGAAGAAACGUGCUGAGGCUGAGCUGAUACGAGCUAAAGCGGAGAUGCAAAAAGCUGAUGUUGCCCAAAAGAAUGCCGAAGCUGCUUUAAUGCAGGCACAGUCCUUGAAAAAGUUGUCAGAAGUGGCAGAGAUGCAAGCAGAAUCUAUGUUAAGAAUUGCUUCAGCACUUGAAAAUUUAGUCCAAAACAGAAAUAUACUUGAACUAUGAGCACCUCUGCUGCUUUAACUGAGAUUUAUUAUGAUGUAUAGGGAGAAGCAUUGUCUAUGACUAUUAUUAUUAGAGAGAGAGACAAGACGAGAUAGAAAGGUUAUUUGCAUCAAAUAACCAAAUAACCUCACAAAGUGCAGGAACAAUUGGAACAAUUUUGAUAUUUGGUGCACACAUGUGUAGAAUAGGAUAGACUAGAGCAGGUGUACUCAACCCUCUUUAUAUGAGCCACAAACACAUUUUGGUCUUGGUGCUGAAACCAAAAUUUUUUUGGGUUAUAAUAAUU